GGGAAAAUGGCGGCAGAUUUGAAAUUUAUCUAGGCGCCCAAAUGAGCCUUGUUUUAACAUUAUUUAUCGAUUCCAAAGGUCGUGCGUCACAAUAAUUCAUGAAAACAUAAAUCCAAUUCACCCAUUAUGAGCUCCGGGAGAGCAAGAGGUAACUUCUGGAGAGGAAGAGGACAGAGGUUCCGAGGAGGAAAGAGUGCUAGAGGAACGAGCCAGACAGGAAGAGGUGAAAUUGAUGGAAAUUUCUGUGUUCCACGCUUGUGACUUGACGAAAAAAAUUGUUAGUAAUUUCAUGAAAUUAUCGCUUUAGCACAAAGGGGUUCAGACCAAGGAAGUUCAGGUCCUCAAGUGCAACAUCAAAGAGCACGGCAAAUACAGACAAGCUUAACGCCGUGUCCCUUCAAGAAAUGGAACUUAUACUUCCCGGACAUUGGUGAGUCGGUAGUUUUGUGGGAUUAGUUUGUAACCAGGUGCAUUUUUCAUCCGUGAAUACCUACCCUUUACCCUUUCACUCCCUGAAGUGAUCAACACAUAAUUUCUCUUUACAGUAUUAAUACAGUAUGAAGCAGACAAGUGAUGAGAAUUAAGACAAAUAUCAAUUGGGGGAUUAUCAUUUGAUCCAACACCAAACUUUUAUAAUUUCAAAAAAAAUUAUGAGGAAUGCAUGGUGAAGAGUUUUAAUCAAGAUAUUGGGAGUGAAAGCACAAAUAUAAUUGUAAGGAGAAGUUAUGUGUUCACCACUUGUGGAAGUUAAGGGUUACAAAUGGUACACUUGUCUAGUUUUAACUUGAAUCCCUUACCAGUUGACUGUAUAUAUAUAUUUGAUUUAAUGUAUCUUGACUUUAAGGAAUUAUCCAUUCAAAUAAUUAUUCUUCUGAAGUUUAUAACCCAGACUCAGCUCUUGCAACCAAAGUUAAAGCCAUCAUGAAGUUUGUGGAAUCACAUGCAGCUCAACUUUCUAAGGUAAAAAUAGAAAAAGCCAUAGUAGUUAUUCAGUUACUUCCAGAUUGGAGUGAUCUCCACCAAUCUUAAGGGUGUGCAUUAUAUUUUGUCAUGUUUACUUAUAUGACCCUUUCACUCAUAAGAUCUCAUUAAUAAUUCUCCUUACUGUCUGCAAUACAAUUCUCAUGAUAUCAGUUCUAAGAAUUUGAUAUUGGAUCAACUAAUAAUUAUCUUGAUUCUUAUCUCUUGUUUGCUCGAUAUUGUAAGGAGAAAUUCUGUCUUGGUCUGACUCAACAGUGAUCUGAAUAAUGCACUUUCCUAGGAUGAGAUUGAAAGCAAAGCAGCUGUGAUGUUUGACUAUAUGGAUCUAAUAUCAGAUACAGGUAAUUGUGUCAUGGAUAGAAUUAAAUGCAGAGUUACAAACUUUUUAAAUGUUUUAAAAUCUAUAGAGAACAUACAACUUUGGUGAUCAAAGCCCAUAUUUAAUUGAAUAAGCCCCCAGCUCUACAUGUCAAAUGAGCCCCAAUCUCUCAAACAAGUGUCCUCUUCAAAUUAGUACACCGCUCCUCUCUCACAAAAAUAUGUUUUAUUCCCACCUUAUUCAUAACUUUUUAAGCUUCAACUUCAGCAGAAUAGGAGUGUAGGAGAAUGAUGAGCCCCCCUUCCCAUCCUUGAUAAGGUGCCCCCCUUCUUUUUAAGUGUUCCUUGUUUUGGGAAAAAAAUUUGAAAUAAGCUCCUACACUGUAGGUGAUUAUUCAAGGAAAUACAAGAUACAUUGAGACAGAAAUUCUCAAUGAAGUAGCUAAAAGAAAAAAAAAACAAUUUGCAUCAAGUUGGUGUCUUCCUUUUUAUUGUUCUCACUUAGUAAUAAAUAUUUUCAGAUUACCUCUUUGUGUUGAAUUCUAAAUGUUUUUUGUUUUCUCAAAAAACAAAAAUAUCAUUCUUAAAUUGAAAAUUAACUGUAUCAUGCUAGUCAUUGUUUGGUUUACACUUUUGCAACUUUCUGUUCAAACAUUACUCCAGAGCUUGCUGAGAGUUUUCCAUCUUUCGCUGGAGAUUUACGAGAUCAGCCUACAGAAGUUCUUCAUAGCAUUAGCUUGGCAGUUUCUCAGGUAUGCUCUUUUAUGAAUGUAGUGUAGAGCUGUGAUGGUCUGAUUUUUUGAUUUCAUGAAAAAAUAUAUAUAAUAUUAAGUAAUAAUUGUUUACUGCAUUGGAGGUAAAUAGAGGGCAAUAUUUACUGAGCCAUAAAGUAGUGAGGUAAAUAUUCAUCACUUUCCCUUACACUGACUGAGGUGAAUAACUGUUUUUAGUAUAUACCACACAGAAACCAAUAAAUUAGGUUGUUUCUUUCAAUAUCAUGGGGAAAAAUGGUUGGAAAUUGAACUUGUGGUGCAUGAUUUUGUGUGAUUGGCUGCUUGGAGGUGACUAGUACUUCCUAUUCACUUCAAAACUAGCCAGCGUGCAUGAAUAGCAUAUUUCACUUGUUUUGUAUAUAUGUACUAAUAAUUAUCAUGAUUACAAUAUUUACUUUAUUUAAAGUAUAUGUUGCAAUUUCCAGUAAUUUCUAAUAGUGCCUUAAAAUUUUAUAGCAUACUAAUACAAUUAAACUAUUGAUGAAAUGUAUAAACUAUGAAAAAAAAUUAUUUUUCAUAUAUUUUAAUGUACAAAGAUGGUAGAAUGUCUUAAUGUAGUAAAGUCUUUAAUUCUUAUAAAUGCUUUCCUAAAAAGAUAAGUCUUGACUUUUUUUUAAAAAAAUGUUAUGAUCAUGUUGCUAGGUUGAUAAUUACAGAAAUACUUCGACAUGUAGAUGCGAUUUAUGACUGACUCCAAAGAUUUUCUUCCCUUUUUUGUUAAUUUUUUUUAAAUUCAAGGUUUUGUUGACUGUGGAGACGGCUGAGAGCCCCCAUGGAGCACCAUUGUUUGAUUUGCCAUAUAUACAAGCAAGGUAUGUGAAUUUGUAGGCUUUGCAAACAUUCCAGCUUGUACCAGACAUGAGAAAAUAAUGUUAUGUAUUUAACAUAGGGAGGCUUGCUUAUUACUUUAGCAUUUGUGUAUAGUGAUGGAAUUUAAAAUUCUCCUUAAAUGGUAUUCCUUUAAUACAUUGCUUGCUUGAUUACCUGGAGAGCAUAAUGUUAGUUGUAGAAAUAAAAUGAAUACACCCAAUUUAUAUAUAUAUGUUUUUCUAUUUCAAGGGUGAUGUCUUUUGAUAUUUACUCUCCUUACAGUCUUUACUUAGCAGAUUCAUUUUUGUGCCUCAUAUGUUAUAUACUAGCUAAAUGUCAAUUGCUUUAAUUUUAACCACCAGAAUAACAGACUUUGAGCCUGCCAUUCCACUCAAAAACCUCAAGUCUUGCUAUUGGGGUAUGUAAAAUGUGUCCAUGUACCUCUUUAAAAAAUUUGAUCCUGAUGACUUGUGAGUUUUCAGUUCUUUAACUGAUUUCACCUUCUCUGUAUGCUGUGGAACUUUAACUCUUUACACCCCAAGAUCAGGAUGCAUAUUCUCCUUACUGCUCUCUCUACAUUUGCCAAGGUGUUGACAAGGAGAAUUUGUUUAAUUAACUGUUAUUCUCCUGACCUUUAUGUGUAAUUCAGGGGUGAUAUUGUAAGGAGACAUUUGAUGCUAGUCACUCCUAGGAGUUGAAGAGUUAAGACCUCUGAACUCUCAGAAAAUCAUCCAAAUCACACAGAGUUAAAUUUUCUCAGACCUUUGAAUUGUCCUUGCACUCACUUGUAUGCUGUAACAACUGCAGGCAAAUUUGUGGCAAUCCAUGGAACAGUAAUAAGAGUUAGCAAUGUUAAACCUCUGGUGAAAAAGAUGGCAUUUUCAUGCAACUUGUGCAGCCAGACACAGGUAUGGUGUCUAUGUCUUAAUUAUGCAGUCAUGUUAUUUUGUAUUCAUAUUUGGUUUGUGAAUCUGACCAUUUCAGGAUUAAAUGCUGAUUUGUGUGGGCCAUUUCAAGAUUUCAAGGCAACUUGAAAUGAAAUGAGAAUGUGUGACUAAAUUUUUACAAGACUCAAAAUGAGAAGACAAUUUAUUUUCUUUAAAAAAUUUUAAAGACUAAGUGAUAGAAAUAAAGCAAUCUCAUGUAUGAAUUUUUUCUGACGGCAACAUUAAUUUUUUUCAUGGUCAUUUCAAGGUUGUUCAUUUCACCGACGGGAAGUACUCAAUUCCAACUCAGGCAAGUUAAUUUGAUUCUUUAACUUGUCUCACAUUUAAAAAUUACUCAAAAGGGCUAUUUGAACCAUAAUUUCAAGAAGCUCACCAUAGUAGCAGGCAAAAAACUUUAAUUUGCAGUAUACAGCAUGCAUUUUGGUGUUAAAUUAAGAAUUGUGAGUUCAUUAAUUUUGAAAUUAGGAUGCUCUGAAGGGUUAAGUUAAUUGUAUAUGCAUCAUUAGGAUAUCAUUGAAUCUGUUAUAAUAAUAUUAUAAUUAUAAUUUACUAAUCUUUCUUUGAUUAUCUCCCAAUUCCCAUGUGCAUUAUACACAACAAGGCAUACUUUACUACAUGUGUAUUUUCAUGAUAAAACAUGCCAAAACCUAGAUCCAAAUCAAAUGAAUCUACUUUGAAGUGCAAAGAAGUUUUUCAGUGGCUGCAUGUUGUUGAGCUGUUGCUGGAAACUCCCUUAAUUAAAAGUUAAAGCAAGUCAGCAAAACCCUCAGAGGUAGUCAUCAGUGCACAUGGAAGUAAUUAAUGUUUUCAGGACUAUCCUCUUUUUGAAUAUUAUUUCUUUAUUAGUGUUCCUCAGUGGAUUGUCGUGGCAAAUCUUUCACUCCUGAGAGAAGCUCACCAAUGACUGAGACAAUUGACUGGCAAACUAUCAAGUGAGUGGUCAUUUAAAUGAAAAACAAAAUCAACUAUGGCUUAUUCCAGUUUCUGUUGUGUGAAUUGACUUUGAGUAAUGCUUUUCCUCUUGGAAGGGAUCUCCAUAUAAUUGCAGAAAUCUCCCCUUCCCUCCCCUCUAACAUAACAUCUGUUUUUGUUAAGAGUUUGCUAGUACCAAUUAAAACUCCUGGCAGGAGAGAGAGGUCUACAUUGCAAGAGUGAAGUAUUGUGAGAGGAGAGAGGUCUACACUGUGAGAGUAAAGUAUUGUAGAAGGAGAGAAGUCUACACUGUGAGAGUGAAGUAUAAUGUGGGAGGAGAGAGGUCUACACUGUGAGAGUGAAGUAUUGUGGGAGGAGAGAGGUCUACACUGUGAGAGUAAAGUAUUGUGGGAGGAGAGAGGUCUACACUGUAAGAGUGAAGUAUUGUGGGAGGAGAGAGGUCUACACUGUAAGAGUAAAGUAUUGUGGGAGGAGAGAGGUCUACACUGUAAGAGUAAAGUAUUGUGGGAGGAGAGAGGUCUACACUGUAAGAGUGAAGUAUUGUGAGAGGAGAGAGGUCUACACUGUGAGAGUGAAGUAUUGUGAGAGGAGAGAGGUCUACACUGUGAGAGUGAAAUAUUGUGAGAGGAGAGAUGUCUACACUGUGAGAAUGAAGUAUUGUGAGAGGAGAGAGGUCUACACUGUGAGAGUAAAGUAUUGUGGGAGGAGAGAGGUCUACACUGUAAGAGUGAAGUAUAAUGUGGGAGGAGAGAGGUCUACACUGUGAGAGUGAAGUAUUGUGAGAGGAGAGAGGUCUACACUGUGAGAGUGAAAUAUUGUGAGAGGAGAGAGGUCUACACUGUAAGAGUGAAAUAUUGUGAGAGGAGAGAGGUCUACACUGUAAGAGUGAAAUAUUGUGAGAGGAGAGAGGUCUACACUGUAAGAGUGAAGUAUAAUGUGGGAGGAGAGAGGUCUACACUGUGAGAGUGAAGUAUUGUGAGAGGAGAGAGGUCUACACUGUAAGAGUGAAAUAUUGUGAGAGGAGAGAGGUCUACACUGUAAGAGUGAAAUAUUGUGAGAGGAGAGAGGUCUACACUGUAAGAGUGAAAUAUUGUGAGAGGAGAGAGGUCUACACUGAGAGUGAAAUAUUGUGAGAGGAGAGAGGUCUACACUGUAAGAGUGAAAUAUUGUGAGAGGAGAGAGGUCUACACUGUGAGAGUGAAAUAUUGUGAGAGGAGAGAGGUCUACACUGUGAGAGUGAAAUAUUGUGAGAGGAGAGAGGUCUACACUGUAAGAGUGAAAUAUUGUGAGAGGAGAGAGGUCUACACUGUAAGAGUGAAAUAUUGUGAGAGGAGAGAGGUCUACACUGUAAGAGUGAAGUAUAAUGUGGGAGGAGAGAGGUCUACACUGUGAGAGUGAAGUAUUGUGAGAGGAGAGAGGUCUACACUGUAAGAGUGAAAUAUUGUGAGAGGAGAGAGGUCUACACUGUAAGAGUGAAAUAUUGUGAGAGGAGAGAGGUCUACACUGUAAGAGUGAAAUAUUGUGAGAGGAGAGAGGUCUACACUGUGAGAGUGAAAUAUUGUGAGAGGAGAGAGGUCUACACUGUAAGAGUGAAAUAUUGUGAGAGGAGAGAGGUCUACACUGUAAGAGUGAAAUAUUGUGAGAGGAGAGAGGUCUACACUGUGAGAGUGAAAUAUUGUGAGAGGAGAGAGGUCUACACUGUGAGAGUGAAAUAUUGUGAGAGGAGAGAGGUCUACACUGUAAGAGUGAAAUAUUGUGAGAGGAGAGAGGUCUACACUGUAAGAGUGAAAUAUUGUGAGAGGAGAGAGGUCUACACUGUGAGAGUGAAAUAUUGUGAGAGGAGAGAGGUCUACACUGUGAGAGUGAAAUAUUGUGAGAGGAGAGAGGUCUACACUGUGAGAGUGAAGUAUUGUGAGAGGAGAGAGGUCUACACUGUGAGAGUGAAAUAUUUUGAGAGGAGAGAGGCCUACACUGUAAGAGUGAAAUAUUGUGAGAGGAGAGAGGUCUACACUGUAAGAGUGAAAUAUUGUGAGAGGAGAGAGGUCUACACUGUAAGAGUGAAGUAUAAUGUGGGAGGAGAGAGGUCUACACUGUGAGAGUGAAGUAUUGUGAGAAGAGAGAGGUCUACACUGUGAGAGUGAAAUAUUGUGAGAGGAGAGAGGUCUACACUGUGAGAGUGAUGUAUUGUGGGAGGAGAGAGGUCUACACUGUAAGAGUGAAGUAUUGUGAGAGGAGAGAGGUCUACACUGUGAGAGUGGAGUAUUGUGAGAGGAGAGAGGUCUACACUGUGAGAGUAAAGUAUUGUGGGAGAAGAGAGGUCUACACUGUAAGAGUGAAAUAUUGUGAGAGGAGAGAGGUCUACACUGUGAGAGUGAUGUAGUGUGGGAGGAGAGAGGUCUACACUGUAAGAGUGAAGUAUUGUGGGAGGAGAGAGGUCUACACUGUGAGAGUGAAAUAUUGUGAGAGGAGAGAGGUCUACACUGUACAAGUGAAAUAUUGUGGGAGGAGAGAGGUCUACACUGUGAGAGUGAAGUAUUGUGGGAGGAGAGAGGUCUACACUGUAAGAGUGAAGUAUUGUGAGAGGAGAGAGGUCUACACUGUAAGAGUGAAAUAUUGUGGGAGGAGAGAGGUCUACACUGUAAGAGUUAAGUAUUGUGGGAGGAGAGAGGUCUACACUGUAAGAGUGAAGUAUUGUGGGAGGAGAGAGGUCUACACUGUAAGAGUGAAGUAUUGUAGGAGGAGAGAGGUCUACACUGUGAGAGUGAAAUAUUGUCAGAGGAGAGAGGUCUACACUGUAAGAGUGAAGUAUUGUAGGAGGAGAGAGGUCUGCACUGUGAGAGUGAAGUAUUGUGGGAGGAGAGAGGUCUACACUGUAAGAGUGAAGUAUUGUAGGAGGAGAGAGGUCUACACUGUGAGAGUGAAAUAUUGUCAGAGGAGAGAGGUCUACACUGUAAGAGUGAAGUAUUGUAGGAGGAGAGAGGUCUACACUGUGAGAGUGAAGUAUUGUGGGAGGAGAGAGGUCUACACUGUGGGAGUGAAGUAUUGCGGAAGGAGAGAGGUCUACACUGUGAGAGUGAAGUAUUGUGGGAGGAGAGAGGUCUACACUGUGAGAGUGAAAUAUUGUGAGAGGAGAGAGGUCUACACUGUAAGAGUAAAGUAUUGUGGGAGGAGAGAGAUCUACGCUGUGAGAGUGAAGUAUUGUGGGAGGAGAGAGGUCUACACUGUAAGAGUGAAGUAUUGUAGGAGGAGAGAGGUCUACACUGUGAGAGUGAAAUAUUGUCAGAGGAGAGAGGUCUACACUGUAAGAGUGAAGUAUUGUAGGAGGAGAGAGGUCUACACUGUGAGAGUGAAUUAUUGUGGGAGGAGAGAGGUCUACACUGUGGGAGUGAAGUAUUGCGGAAGGAGAGAGGUCUACACUGUGGGAGUAAAGUAUUGUGGAAGGAGAGAGGUCUACACUGUGGGAGUGAAGUAUUGCGGAAGGAGAGAGGUCUACACUGUGAGAGGAGAGAGGUCUACACUGUGAGAGUGAAGUAUUGUAGAAGGAGAGAGGUCUACACUGUGGGAGUGAAGUAUUGUAGAAGGAGAGAGGUCUACGCUGUGAGAGGAGAGAGGUCUACACUGUGAGAAUGAAGUAUUGUGAGAGUGAAGUGAGCUACUUGAAUGACCUGUUUAAGAGUUUAACCCUUUGACAUGUAAGAGUGACUAGGAUCUUAUUUUCCCUUACAAUACCACCCCUGAAUCAAAUAUUAAGGCCGUGAUAAUAAACAAAUUGAUCUGCAAUUAAUGAAGCUCUUGAUUGUUAAACAAAUUCCCCCUGUCAGCACCUUCAGAAAGGUAUAGAGAACAGAACAGAGAAUAUGCAUACUAAUGUUAGAGUGUAACAUAGGGUUAACUUUUAACUCAGACAGUGUAUGCAGUGUACUGUAGGCCUCUGCUUGACACACGAGAUGCAGAUGUGCCCAUGUAUAAAUGUAUAUUCUGUACAUGUAGAUGAACAAGAUAAAAAAUUAUGAAAAAAUACCAAGAGGAUCAGACUGAAUAAAAAUUAACUGCACAGCUUUCAAAAUCCUUGCAAGCUGUUUGGUUGAGCUGUAGUUGUGGAACUUUGUUUUACCCUGUAAGGUUGCCUACUCAUUCUUCAUAUCAAAUUCUUGAAAGAGUAUAUCAUAAGUUUUUUUCAGUCUACAAUAGUUUGAAACCAUGGUGACUAAAUUAAAAAGAAUGGUUUUAGCAAGGAUGUUGGUUUCAAUGUUUGUUCUCUCUUCCCAAAGAGUUCAGGAAAUCAUGGACGAUGACCAACGUGAAUCUGGAAGAAUUCCAAGAACUGUUGAGUGUGAACUGACUGCUGAUCUAGGUAUGAAUUUAUGAUCUUCUAAUUUGGUGUAUGAAGAUUUUCUUCCUCUUUUUUUAAAUGUAUAUGAAAAUUAACCCUUAAACCCCUAGGAGUCUGUUAUAAGUAUAUAUUUUCUCCUGACAAAAUUAUCCAAAUCAUAAAGCUAUUUCACAAUGAUAAAGGAAAAUGAUCACCAACUAAAGUAGCUCUUGAUUUUCAAACAAAUCCUCCUCAACAGCAUUUUCUGAAAUGUAAUUAUAGAGCAAUGUCGAGAAUAUGCAUACUGAUGUUAGGGUUAAAGAGCUAACCCUUUAAUUCCCAAGAUCACAUUAGUAAUUCUCCUUACUGUCUGCCAAACGAUUAUCAUUAUGUUAGUUUGGAGAAUUUGAUAUUGGAUCAAUUAGUAAUCCCAUAAUUGACAGUUUUCUUUAUUCUCAUCACUUGUCUGUAUGAUAUGGUAUAGAUAUAGUAAGGAGAAAUUCUGUCUUGGUCACUCACGGGAGUUAAAGGGUUAAUAGUAUCCAAGAUUUUUUCAUACUAAAUAUAUCUUCUUUUCUCUGUAACAUUUAUUCUUAUCAUCCAAACCGAUGUGAUACAUGUACCUCUAGGUUUGUUUGCUUUUAUUAGGACUUUGCUUAGCUAUUAGUUACAGUAACUGCAGUGAAAAAAGAAGAAGAGCAAUUGAAUAAACUCAUCGGAAUAAUCAAGGAACAUCUCCAUGUAUCUGUUCCCUGUUAAGUAAUCUCCUGCAUUUAGGAACUGAUAAAAGUCAAACUUGGUUUCCUGUCCGACAUGGAUACCUGUAAGUACAUUUUGUCACUUAGGGUAACAUGAUUUUUUUUCCCUAUGUUCUCUGUCCUCUUUUUGCUAGUGGACAGCUGUGUUCCAGGUGAUAUGGUUACCGUUACUGGGAUUGUGAAGGCUACAGGAACAGAAGAAAGUAGGUAGUUGGAAGAAAGAACUGUAGAGCAAAUAGAUUCAGCUGUCUUUUAAUUAAACCCUUUUUUUUUUUUUUUUAAUAAGCAUUAUCAUUAAACAUAGUGCCCAUGAAAUGAAAUUUCUAUGAAAAUCCAAACAAUUUCAAAGGAAAAGAAACAAUAGCACUUCGAACAAACAAUUUAUGUUGGGAAAGCUCAUUUUCAUCAAGUCAAGCGAAGUACAUACAAGGGAAUUUUGUUCAAAAGCUUGUGUAUGGAUUUGUUUUGCCUAAUGUGCAACUGCAAAAUGUUAGUCAAUGAGCUCUUUGGUCUGUCUUUAAUGCUGGGUUAUACAUUCAGAGUUGGAGAACUACAAUGCACAGGUAGUUGACAUAUCAUACCACUCAAAUUUUCAAGUUGGUUAUACCUUAGUCUGCUGGUACUAAGCCCUUGUCAAAUAUACCACAAUUUAACCACGAUUGUUUUGUUUGUGUGGUAGAUUGGGAGAAGACAGCUUUCGGUUUCAAAACAACCAGUUUAUUUCAUAUGGCUGAAAUCAUGCAUGCAGUUACAUAUAAGAUCUGUUAUAUUAGUUUCUACAGGUGUGUGCCUCUUGUCAAUCAAGUCAUGCCUCAAAUUACACAUAAUUAGUUCCUAUCAUAACAACGAUCAGUCCUUGUGUCCUCAGGAAAUUGAUUCACUGCUAUGCAGCAUCAGUGUCCCAAUUAAAGAAGACCCCUUCCCCCCCCACUUGCAUCUGUUUUUUAAUUACUGACAGUACAUUUCUGAACUGUUUACUGGUAGAUCGCAACAGGAGCAACAAAGACAAGUGCAUGUUCCUACUUUACCUCCAUGUCAAUGCUGUGAAUAAUAACAAGGGAGGAACUGGGCCUACCGAACAAACCAGUGGACUGGCCAUGGAAUUUUCUAUUAAGGUUUUUUCAUCUACACUUUGUAUUCGAAAAAUCCUCCUUGUUUUAAAAUUAUUUCUAUUCCCAUCAAAGCUUUCCUUUUUUUAUCUUGUUGUUCACCCAUGAUAUGCUACCUUUGUGGCAUUGACCAUAUAAUGCUCAUUGUCUAACAAGUACUUUAAGCUAAUUUUAAGGAAAAUGUAUAUUUUUCUGAACCUAAAGUUUUUUAUUUUUUCUCCUCAUUUGAUAGGAACUGUAUGCCAUUCAAGAAAUUCAGGCUCAAAAGAACUUGUUUCGAUUGAUUGUUGGGUGAGAGUAUUAGAAUGCAUUUUUAAUUGAAGUUGUUUUUUUUCUUUUACUCCCUCAAGUGUAUGUAUGCAUACUUUUUAUUUAUUUUCAUUACUCAGACUAUCACAUAGAAUUUUCAAUAAUUCCAAGAAACUAUGGACUGCUUCUUGCUUAUGAUUAAUUCUGAGUACUCCAAAAAAUUUUUGUGAGGUUUACCAAAUUAUUUAAAAUUAUGUGGAUUAAGUCUGUUAGGCAUUUUGAGAAAAGUGCAUCUUUUUUCUUUAAGGUAAAACAUUUUCUACCUCAUUUCUAAUUGCAGCUCUUUGUGCCCUUCAAUCUAUGGACACGAGGUAUUUUUUCCUAAUUUACCUGGUUUGUAAAUGUCUCAGACUGAGGAAAUAAAAGGAAAUUUUCUUGUAAGCAAUUGAUAUUUGAUUUUGAUUCCAAAAAAACCUCUUCAUUCAUCAUCAUUAUCAUUCCUUUUGUUAGAUGGUGAAAGCAGGUUUGGUGUUAGGCCUGUUUGGUGGAACCCAGAGAUACCUGAAUGAUAAGGUAUAGUUUUAAUUUUGUUACCCUAUCUUUAACAGGGGUAAAAAUGUCGAUUUUUUUACCUUUGCUGAUAACUUUGACAGUCAGGAAUGUACUGUACUUGCCUUCAUCUCUGUCUCUCUGACCCAGUCAUUACUGAGUCUUUCUGUUUCUUUUGCCUUCUUUUGGUUUUCCUGUAUUGUUAAUUCACUCUUUCAGUCUUUCCAACCCCCUUUUUUAAUUGGAAAACACGUUUUAAACUUCCCCACCGUACCUCGCUACCUUUUUCCCUUCCAAUAAUCGAUUAAGUGUUGAUAGUCGUCUGGAUUGGGGCCGGGGGAGGAGGGGGAGGCGAGAUUUGCCAGCCAUUAGGGUGGUAAAUCGUAAAAUGGUUUGGCAAGUCAUGAUGGUAAAUAACACUUUCAAAAGAGAAAUAUAAUCGUUUGCCUCACGAUGUGGUCACCUUGGAUGUGGUUCGCGACGUUUCGACUACAUACUGUUUGUCUUCUUCAGAUGAUAAUGGAUUAUAAUACACACACGUAUAUUUAAAUCUUCGCCCGAAGAAGACCAGCAGUAUGUAGUCGAAACGUUACGAUCCACAUUUAAAUUGACCACAUCGUGAGACAAACAAUCACAUCUCUCUUUUGAAAGCAUUGGGGUAGUAAUAUUCUAUCAAAGAAAACAGGUGACGAGAAAGGGUAAAAUUAUCAGCUGAGGUUGUUGCCUUAAUCACUAAAUUCUCUUAUGAUUUACACGGAGAUGUUUGAAAGCUGGAAGGAGGAACUGUGGAUCUGACCUUUGGAGUUAUGUAAAGGUUAAAAUGGUGAAUCAGGAAGCAUACUUUCGGAUUUAUGUAAAUGAAGUCACAUGCCUCCAGGAAAAAAAGAAUGAUGUAAUGCUAAGAUUCACCUCAUCUAAACGUUGCUUACAAAUUUUUCUACAGAAUCGUAUUCCAGUGAGAGGCAAUCCACACAUUUUGGUUGUUGGAGACCCAGGAUUGGGGAAAAGCCAGGUGAUUGGAAUAGAUGCUGGUUUGAUUAACCUUCUUAGUUUUGGUUUUUUGCACUAAUCUCUUUCCUUUAAAAUUUGAGAUGAGUGUAAAGCUUAAGGCUGGUUUUCAUCAAUGUUGAAGUUGGAGCCGUUCAGAGGCACAGAGCUAUAAGAUCAAGGAAAAUCAAAACGAAUAUGACUCAGUGGCUUAUAUCAUUGUCUACGCUAAUGUGACAAUUAAAUUGUUGGAGUCGAAGUUCAGCUUAAAACUACGACUAAACGUAAAGUCAGUAAACGGGUACUUGUUUCAAAUUCAGGGAUUCAGUGGUAAGGUAAACUCAUCUUUACAAGACGGGUGUUUGUGUCUUGAGUCACGAAUAUAAGUCUUAUACUUGAGUCACAAGUAUAAGGUUUGCAUAACUUUCGAGAGUGUUAAAAUGUAGCCAUUUAGACACGGCUAAGUCCUCUAUCAAAUAUUUCUCAAACAGACGAUUAAAAUUUCACAACCGUGUUUCUAUACUCUCACCUAAACACACCUGUGGACCAGUGCGAGGGCCUAUGAUAUCUGCAAUAUUUUCUGACAGAAUCUGUAAAACGGGCCGAAUUACUUUUGGGGCGAUAACAAUCAGGCACCAAGCGAAAGCAUUCUAUUAUUUUAUACUUCUCGUGUGUGUGUCUUGAGUGCAGAUGCUUCAGGCAGUGUCCAAUGUUGCUCCAAGAGGCGUCUAUGUCUGUGGAAAUGCAACGUCAACCUCAGGACUCACGGUAACAAUUUUUUUUGUGUUCUGUCUCCAUAAUUUUCCAUCUACGUUCUCUUGGCAGAACUGGAUUAUGAAAAAACCUUUGUAGUUGUAAUAGAAAGGUUCAUAUCCUGAUUCAGACGCUCGAAGCGGCGAAAACCAAACGGAAGGGAAGGACAAUUUGAAGUAAACACCUUUUAUACUCCGUUUGCCACGUUGUUUUUUAGGUUACACUGUCUAAGGAAGGCUCCUCUGGAGAUUAUUCUUUAGAGGCUGGAGCACUUGUGUUAGGAGACCAAGGUACGUUGUACGCAUUGUUUAUUUACUUUUUUCGUUAUUUAAUUGAUUUCAGAAGAAAAAAAAAAUCGAUUCUCGCAAAUAUAUCUAGACUGGAAAAAUACUUUGGACAGGAGUUGAAAUAAUCUUACCCAAAGUAAAUUGCUACACCUCCACCACGCCAACUAUUGGUGUCGAUUUUCUUUUCAAAUCCUUUUUUCUUUCCUUUUUUGUUUGCUUUACCCAAUGAACUGAACCCAUGAAACGAGGCGGAAGGCGAUGGGGAAAGGAAAUAUUAGUUAUAAUGAUGGCCCAAUCAAAUUCAGUUCUUGUUUACCUUGUAAUACCCUGGUUUAGGUUGCUGCUGUAUUGAUGAAUUCGACAAGAUGGGAAGCCAACAUCAAGCUUUGCUUGAAGCAAUGGUGAGGUUUGAAUAUUCACAUUAAACUUAUCUUCAUCCACAUUCAGAAUAAAUCUAGCAGUGUCCUAUCGUAAAUCCUGAAAUCUGAUGGGUCAUUCUACCCGCUGUCUAUACCAUGAUAGAUGGUAAGUAAAGAGGGUGACUAGGCAGUAUGCGGCUGUAUAAACAAAUUAAACGCAAGACAUGAUCCUGCUAAGCAGGUAAUUUAGUGUUAACAACUGGGUUGAAAACGUAAAUUAGCCACCGUAAAAGCUUUUUUACCCUUUACGGUGGCUAAUUUACGUUUUCAACCCAGUUGUUAACACUAAAUUACCUGCUAUACUCUCCCACCGACGCAGCACCACAGUUUCUUUAGAAACUUAUCCCUUUAUUCAUGAUCCUGCUAAGUUUUGAACGACGAGUAGAUAUAUACCAAACAAUUACUAGAUUAUUCGCUCUCGAUUUCAAGGCGUAAUAUUUCUUUCGGGCUUCGCCCUGAUUGAUCAUUGCGCGAUAGCAAUCUCGAACUCAUAAUUGAAUUGUUUAGUGUACACGAGGCUUUUGUGAGAAUCAACUUUUCCCCUUGAUAAUGUGCUCAGAAUGAAAGGCUCCAAAUGUAAAAAGAACAAGAUUAUUAGUUCAUGUGUGUCUUGAGGAUCUUUUCAUCUUGUCUUUUUAGGAACAGCAAAGUAUAAGUAUCGCAAAAGCCGGCGUUGUUUGCAGGUCAGUAAAGUGUAUUCUAUUUAUAUCGUGUCCUCUUCUUUUUUUCCUUUAAGAAAAGUAUAAUGAUAGAAAUUAUUACAAGGACAAAGAACGAGAGAAAAAAAAACAACAUAGAACGGGCAAAAUGACCAGUUAGUAGGAGACCAAUCUGUUGAAUAUUUACAAUACUCAGCAAAGGAGUUAAACUCGGAGACAGAGGUAACGAAUCUGGUGGGUAGCAAGUAAGAUGCUUGCGCCGGGGACCAUUAGAUUACAACUCCACUGUACGAACAAUUCUGCCACGCUACCUUCUCUGAAAAACCGGCCGAACCGGUUUCGUAUCAGUGUGUUCUUCCUAAAAUUUUGCGCGUUUUCUUGACGUUAUUUGGUCAAAUGGAAUCUUUCGUGGUUUGACAAAAGGCAAUGAUAAAUCGGUUACCAGACGACAUCGUUGUCUUUCCAUGUGAAGAUAUGAAUGGUAAGUUUACUGCGCGCAGAGACAAUAUCAUGUUCGAAACAGGAAAAAUUCUGCUAUUUCGUUAGUAUCUGGGUAGUAAAUGAUUUUCCGUACUGAUUUCAGCCUACCGGCGAGAACAUCAAUCCUUGCGGCCGCCAACCCUGUGGGUGGUCACUACAACAAAGCAAAGACUGUGUCCGAGAAUCUCAAGUAAGUCAGCUGAAUUUUACAUUUAAUUUAGGUAGUGCUGACAAAACUGAGUAUUCAUACGAUCCUUAAAAUGUUUUAUUAUCUUUUUUUUUUCUUAGGAUGGGGAGUGCUUUGUUGUCACGCUUCGACCUGGUUAGUUCAGAAAAUCUGUCAUAACUGAGUUCGCUCCACUUUGGGGCGAACGCAUUGAAAUCAUUGUGAACAUGUGUUCGACACACAGCAAUCGAAUUCAGAUAGAGACAAAUUUUUGUUGUAUUUUUAGGUUUUCAUUUUGUUGGACAAGCCAGACGAGGUUAGUUGAUUUCCUGAGAACCGUUCCCCAUUUUCUCUUUCUUAUGUCCUUAGUCAUGAUGCGAGCUCAGUCUUAUGUGUAACAGUAUUCCGAGAUGAUAUUUUGUAUCAACGUUUUUUAUCGGUUUAAGAUUCUCACCUCUUGGAUGAUGUUUGUCUACACUUACAAAGCGUAAUUUUCUUCGUCUCCAAGGCACGCCACCAGAUAUCGUAAUUGUAGCUUCCUUACAAUAUCAAUACAUUGUUAAGCAAAAAGGUAAUGAAGAUAAAGAAAAUAACAGUUAGCGGAUUAGUAGUUGAUACAAUACCAAAUUUUCCGAACUAACGUCAAGAUUUGUAUAGCAGACAGUAAGGAGAAUUUCUGAUGAGAUAUUGGGAAUGAAAUGGUUGGCUGUGGAUGAUCACUUACGCCAUAAAAGUUAGCUGAGUGCUGCUCAUUUUUCAACAGGAAAUGGAUUGUAUGUUGUCCGAACAUGUUAUGGCCUUGCAUGCUGGGAAAAAGAGGUAAAUCAUUAAACUUUUUUGUAAUUAUUUCAUGCUGAUGAUCUCAAGGAUGUUUGACUGAGAAAACUGCCUAACUGCUGUUUUGAGGUUUAAGAGUGAGAAAGGACGAUUUUUCUUGCACCUUUUGUUACGAGGUGUAGAUUGAUUAUCAAAUGGGCAAGCCCCAAAAGAAUGCCAAAUUCAUUUCCUAGUAAAAAUUCAAUCGACAACAGUAAGGAAACUUUGAUGUAAAGAUGUGGCGAUCAUCUUAAUUACGUGGAGUUCGUUCAUGGACUUGUCUUUUCAAUCCCCUAUUGGUACCGGAUCCGGUCGAGAUUUGAACUCGACAUCUCCCGUUCUACAGUCUGCUGCCCAAGCAGAUUUUAGAAUAGAAAUGUCUGUAAUAAUGGUACAUGAUUCUUUAUCUUUGUAGUGCAUUUGGGGUGGUGACAGCAAGACGGCGUUCAAGAGAGGUACAGAGAUUCUUCAUCCAAGGUUAAAAUACCCUAGCUUGCGAGCACGCCCUCGUUAUUAGCGCUGCAGGACGAGAGGAUUGGAGACGAGUCGUGGAGGUCUGGGUUUACCGGUGGUCUGGCACCAUUAAUGAAUGCAAGACCAUUUGCCCACCCCUUGCCAGCUCACGUAGCUCAAAGCCUCAAACUUAUUCGCGGGCGAAGAAGCGCUCGUUCUAAAGUGCAAAUAGCUUAAUGACGCGGUAAAUUACCCAUUACGCAUAACUGAGAUGACAAGGAAAGUUUCUUCGAGCUUGUUAAGAAUAUUCAACGAAUUUCGUUUUAUCACUGGCGGGUUUCAACUUUAAAAAAGAACCUGGGCUUUGUAUUUUAUUACAGCCAUCUUGGAUGAUCGAGACUGGGAAUUGUUUCUUGCACAUGACAUUCAUAUCAUGAACAAUGCUGCUGUGUGAGUUUGAGUGAUUAAAUUUCUGAUCAAAAGUUUAUAGGGGGUUCCGCAGCAGGGAAAGAAAUUAUAUUGUGCAUCUUCAAGAUUCGAGGAUAUGGUGAAAACAAACUUUGCUAAGGCGUCAGUCCCAGUCCUUUGUAAAUACAGAAAGGAAGACUUAGACAGCAACGUAACGACCUUUCUAAGCUGUCCGAUUGAGUAAGGCGAUGCUAGACAGAGCAGCACAUAACAUUAACGACGAUUAAAACAUUAACAGCCAAAAAUAACAAAAACAUGCUUCGGAAGAUAUACCCAUUUCAUGAUCUUAGAAGGAGGACAAAAUGAUUUUCAGAGCAGUUUGUGCCUUAGGGAAAUGAAAAUUACUUAUUAUAGUUUUGACCCCUAGUUUUACUUUAUUUGCUCAGGCUAAGAAUGAAUGACUCUAUUUUAUCGGAUACUUACUACCAUCAAGUUGCCCAUUUAUAGCUGUUUAUUAUUUUCGGAUGGCCACAGGAAAGUAGCAGUGAUGAGGACGAGAUGAGGAGACAAUGGGAAGCUGAUAAACCCCUCUCUGAGCGUUUAAAGGUAAAUUAGGGCAUUGCCAGGUUUUUAAGUUAACCUGGCGGGUGGAUGUUGCUUCUCUUAUAUUUGACGCGGAUAAAGGGUGAAUAACGUUUGGCUUUUUUUUUGCCAGAUUGGUCGAAAUGAAGAGUUUGAUGCCAUUCCCAGCCAACUACUUCGAAAAGUUAGUAUUGUUAUCAGUGGACACUUUAACUCCUUGGCCUGACUUAUUAUUGCCAAAUUCCUGACAUAAUUUGCAUUUUGAGUUUAUCUUUUAUGGAAUUUACUUUCAAGAGGCAUUCUCAGUCUGCAAUGUUUGUUCUCUACUUCGGUACCAUUUGAAUUAAUAUUAUUGGAAUUUAUCGCAAAAGGCAUUAAAGGAACCACCACAAUGGUUACGAAACAUUUCUCUAACAAAUACAAUUUUGAAUACGAUGAUUAUGUCACUAAUUUGGGUCAUUUGCGUUACAGUACGUGGGUUACGCCAGGACGUAUGUGCAUCCUAAACUAACUCCUGCAGCAGCAGAAGUCUUACAGGUGAAAUAUUCAUUGUCACAUGACGGUGGCACAAAUUUUUUGAUAAUUUUUUUUUUGUUUUGUUUUGUUUUUCAUUUGCAAUUAGACAGUUAAGCCUUAGUUACCUAGAUCAUGGCAGUGCCACCAUUCAAAGGUUUUUUUUGGUAAGCGAGCUAUAUAUAUGGGAGAAUUUUCUGCCCAAUUGUCAUAUGAAGCCAUGGACAGGGAAGAAGAAUCGUUUGGUAAAAUCUCAGACACCGAGCCAGCCUGGUGGACAAAAGCCGUAAAUUUUUCGGGAGUAUUGAGAACUUUGGUCCAAGAUUUUGAUUUACAAACUGGAUUAAGCGACGUCUGUUAUAAUUGACUGGUGGGUUGUGUGAUGUAUCAGCUUUCUGAGGGAAUUGUCUCAGCGACAAAGCGGAAACGAAAAAGCUUGUAUUAAAUUUUGUUGAUGGUAGCCAAGAUUCUAUGCAUUUGUGGUAUAUGUGUGGAAUUACGUGCGUAAACAUGCAAAAUCUUUUGUUUUAUUUGUUUUGUUUUUAUUUGUACAUAAGUUUUUGCUAGAAGCAUGUAUUAGCCUCGUACGAAGUUCUAAAUUCUUUUUGCAGUUAAAGUAAUGGUUUUGAUCGCAAAGAAUUCAUGAAACAAGUAAUGUUUGACCUUUACAUAGAAAGGGAUGAACAGUGAUCUUCACAGCCAAAUCUUAAUCGAGGCAGUUGUAGAAGGUAAAGCCUAGAAAGAGAUUUAAGGUGGAUUCAGCAAAUUCGCCAUCAGCGAGUGGCUUUGUAGCCUAGCUAAAAUCUUUUCGAAGUUUUAAUCUUUUUUUCAUGUUUUCGGAUUCAUUUCUCGCUGACUUAGUUGUGUUUCUUCUGUAGAAUUUUUAUUUGGACUUAAGACAACAGCAUCACAGUGCGGAUAGUACUCCUAUCACUACCAGGCAACUUGAGUCACUCAUAAGACUCACUCAGGUAUAAACAUUAAUUUCGUCAUAAAUUCUUACUGUUGAAUCAAGCAUUAAGAUAACACGAAAAAGGAUAUGAUCAUCACCAUUUAAAAAAGUUCUUGAUUGUUUAACGAUGUCUCCUUGUCAGUACCAUAGGAAAAUUUUUGUAGAUAACAGUGUAGAGAGCAUACGUAGAAAUAUCCGAGAGCUAUUUGUUUUUGCAAAUUUUGUAGAUAGUCUUCGGUUUCCCAUAGAAAUAAGAAUCUAUCAAAAGAAACACUGCAAAAAUUUGCUACCAUCAGUCUAAUAAAAAAAACUCCAUACUCCAUCUGUCAAUUAAUGUUAUUUGUUUUGAAUUGAUUUUUAGUUCUUUUCUUGUGCGUGUUCUGCCAUCAAUGCUUGCGUCAUCGCUUUUAAUGGAAACAUCUCCCAACAGAAAUGCCCCAACAUCGAACCGCAAAAAUUUGUUCUCGCAAAACUUACAGAAAGAAACGCCAUUCCGCAUACAAGGAGGCGAUUUCUAACGUUUACUUCGACCUCAUUUUUCACCUUCACCAAUGCAAUAUGUCGACUUUUUAUUCCGAGGAUAGUACAUUAUUCGCAAUUCGCUACCCAACUCAAAGGUACGCAUGCGCGUCACCAGACGUCAGGGAAGCGCAUCAACUUCAAUUUUGACGUCAUGUUGACAUCUUUUUUGUUUCCUUGUUCAAAUCUGCCCUUGAAGGCACGAGCACGGCUUGAGAUGCGCGAAAAGGCUAGCCAACAAGACGCCAAGGAUGUGGUGGAGAUCAUGAAAUACAGUCUCCUGGACACGUUUAGUGACGACUUUGGAAAUCUGGAUUUUCAACGCUCUCAACAUGGCUCCGGAAUGAGCUCAAGAGCACAGGUUAGUCUUCGUGGGGAAGGUUCGGUACUCAUCGUCACGUACCCAGCAAAGUCUGUCUUCAAUAAUUGAUAGAAGAGCUAACUGCGUUCAUUUUGCCUUCGUUGGCUUAUAAAAUCUCUUUUUUUAACACACAAGCAUCGAAUUCGCAUGGAAAACUCCAUUUUAGGCCACCAAGGGUAGAGCAAACGCCAUUUUUUGCGGUGAGGCAGGUACUCAAUAAUGGUUUUAUUCGCCUCGUGGGUCUGUUGAAUCAUUCCUGUUAUGGUUUUAUUUGAGAGACUUUGUCUCAGUUUGUUAAGAAGGAGUUGUAGUCCGUGAUUGCUGAAUUCUUUUUAUCUUGCAGUCAAAACGCUUCGUUGCAGAGCUAAGUCGCAUUUCAGAGAGGGAAUACAACUCGCUUUUCACCGUUGAACAAAUGAGGAGGAUAGCGAAGGUAACUGGGACGCUCUUCUUUGGUACGAACUUGCCUUAAAUAGGAUUAAUUUUGUAAUAUGGGCGCUGUUUAUAUGGGAUAUAUCUCCCUACAUGUUCCUCACGUGAGCAUAUUGUGCACACUUUUCCAUUGAUUCGAAUGCAUCCAAAUGCUGGCACUCCUUUCUGUAAUUAACAUUAAAACAUUUCAUAUGAGCACUUAAGAAAUUACAUUCCAAGAGUCGUUGAGUUCUCGAUUUUACAAAUUUAAGUUGGAAAAUAAGUUCAAAAAGGUGUUUUCGUUUUUCACCUUUUUUCAUCCAAUAAAUCUGAUGCAACAAAGUUCAAGUUGAGAAUACUUUUUCUUAAAUAUGGAUGCUCCGCCAGCGCGCCGCGCGCCCUGAAGUUUCGCAAUCGUAUAAUGUGUGUCCGAAGUGUCUAGUUUGCCAGUCAUUUCUUCUUGAAUGAUCCACUCAGAGGGAUGUCAUUUUAAAAAGUUUCACGUUGAAAAACACCUUUUUUUCAUGUUUACUUGUCAUAGGAUCUACGCCUGGAAAUUCGUAGUUUUGACGACUUUGUUUAUUCUCUGAACAACCAAGGGUUUCUUCUAACGAAGGGACCGAGAGUCUAUCAGCUGCAGACCUCGAACUGCCUGUAAGCUGCUGGGGAUGUUUGAUAGAGAUUGUGUCCUGAGAAGGGCAAGACCGUGUGAAAAUACUAGAGCUGUAUCAUUGAGGAUAUUCGGACAAAAGAUUUCAACAUUUAAAUAAAAAUUUGGUUCCUCAGGUCCUCAAGUUAAGGCUUUUUGUCAUUCAUCAUUGAUUAGGCUAAACUUAAAUUAUUGUCAGAGUAACAGAUUGUGAAAAAUGAGGUACAUUUUGAGUCACCACGUUUAGCAUCUUUAGAUGAGCAUUUAAGAAUUAAAUUGAGCAACAAUUUUUGAAAUACACAUAACACUGUAGGUUGUUACAUGCCUUUUACACAAUCUCCAUUUUUAGCUAUUUCAAACAUAAAUUCUGU